AUGCUCAACAUCCAAAAGCUAAGUAGUCAGGCCGCGCUAGCUAUCGGUCACUUGAAUACCGUUGUGAGGCAUUCCAAAACUUCGCAAUAUGUAUCCACGAUAGAAGACAUUGUGGAUGCCGUGCGGUUGCUUUUAUUCACAUCGGGUACCGUCGAUAAAACGUCCAUUCAUGUCAAGCACAACUGUGCGUUGCGAGCCCACUAUCGCGCAUUAACGGCGUCCCUCGGUCGACUCAUAUUGACGGCUCAACUGUGUACCAAGAACUCAGCGGGAGAACUUCGCAAGCUUCUCAUCAAUGCCAACGAGCUCCUGAUUGCCGUGCAAAACUUUGCUCAAGCAUGUCAAAUGGCGCCUAUCAGUAUCGCAGACGCAUGUCCAAAGUUGGUGCAAACCGAUGAAGACAGUACAAAGGAAACGCAAUUUUGCGAUGAGCAUCGACCGCCGAGUUCACUGCAAGAGGACGUUGUCGAAGCCAUUGAAGCAUGUAGUCUCAACGUACGAGAAACGGUCCAAGGGAUCUGUGACAGACUACAAGUCGAUAUACAAGAUACCGAACCGCGUCAGUCGCUUGGAACUCUAUUAUUUUCCCGUUUUCGAUAUGCCUUGAACCAAGUGGGGCAACUGCUGGUGUUGCUCGAUAGUAUGGACUGUGCUCGAUUUGCCGGGUCCGCCUCGUAUCAUGAAGUCACUGCAAGACGGCAAUCCCUGAGCGAUGGCAUUGGACAACUUUUCUGCUAUCUGCAGAAAAUGACAGAGGAAGACUUGCCAAUGGAGUAUAUUAUCACGGAAAUGAGCACGGCGGCUAAACUCGUGAACGAGUCUGUGCGUACAAUUUCUGAGUGUAUUUCUCGGCAGCAGCCCACGGUGGCAGGUGAACCGGCUGUGACGUCAACGCGUUCUUCUACGACCAACACCACUUUGGAUUCUGAACAAGGCACCAACGCCAUGCCUCAUGUCAGCAAAUUAGCCGACAGGGUACUGACAAAGACAUUCGGUCCGUCGGAAGCGGAGGAUCGGAAACACAACUCGACGGCGAGCCUGUCAAGCUACAGUGAUGAGAGCUCGGUUAUCGAGAAUUCUACCCAUGACAAAGGCUCAGGCACCAGUCUAUCGACUGCAUCUCCUGAUACCUAUAACCGAGAAAAGUUGAAGCGAUUCUUUGGUGGGGAUGUUCCCGAAACGGUUACGGUAGAAGAGAGCCCACCCUGCGAAGAGGUUCCUUGGUUUCUUAAAGCGGACUAUGACCCAAAGGAACUCUUAUUUGACGUGGCGGGCUUUGUCAGGGGCGGUACGCUCAAAGCGCUGACCAUACGGUUGACAACGCACGACAAACUCGAUAUGAACUUUAUCAGCACAUUCCUCUUGACGUACCGUUCCUUCUGCACGUCCAUGGAAUUACUGUCUCUCUUGAAAGAACGGUAUCAAAUCCAACCGCCGGCAGAACUGACCGACGAAGAACUCGAGAUUUGGAGACAGAAGAAGCUGAAGCUGGUACGCUUACGGGUAUUCAACGUGAUGAAAACUUGGCUCGAACAGUAUUACAACGAAGACGAUGUGGUGAUUCUGGAGCCUAUGCUCGAAUUCACCCAUACCGUGAUUCGUGACACCAUGAGUUUCUCGGCCAAUCAACUCGAGCGCCUCAUUCAGAAACGGCAAGAAGCAGCGUCUCAGCAACGAAGUCUUCGAAAGAUGGUCCUGACCCUGCCCGAUCCGCCUGAACCUAUUUUGCCUCGCAAUUUGAAAAACUUCCGUUUGCUGGAUAUUGACCCGCUGGAACUGGCUCGCCAAAUGACCAUUAUGGAUUUCAAGCUUUACAAUGCGGUGCAUCCCGUGGAAUGCCUCGACAAGGCUUGGUCGCGCGAUGCCAAUAGCGACAAGGGCAAGGUCGCGGUGAAUAUCCGCGCUGCCAUCGAUUACUGUAAUCAUCUCACUAAGUGGGUGGCGGGGAGUAUUCUUGGUGAGCACGAGAUCAAGAAACGAUUGGCCCAAGUCAAGUAUUGGAUCCAGGUGGCGGAAAAAUGUCGCCAGCUCAACAAUUUCAAUACAUGCAUGGCGAUCAUCUCAGCUUUUGACAACAGUUCAGUGGGUCGGUUGAAGCGGACGUGGGAAAUGGUCGGCGCGCGCACCAACACGGUUUUGGCCCAAAUCCGGAAGCUGAUGGGCACGGACCGCAACUUCAACGAAUAUCGAGCCAUCAUCCACUCCAUUAAUCCGCCAUGCAUCCCAUUUCUCGGCAUCUAUCUUCAGGAUCUCACCUUUAUCGAAGACGGCAAUCCCAACUUUCUUAAAUCCUCUAAUACCAUGAUCAACUUUGCCAAGCGAGCCAAAACGGCCGAGAUUAUUCGUGAAAUUGAACAAUACCAAUCAACACCUUAUCAAUUCAAACCCGUGGAAGAAUUGCAGGCUUUCAUCAUGACCAGCCUGCAAAACACGCGCGACGAAGAUAUGCUAUACCAAGAAAGUCUUGAAAUAGAACCAAGAGAAAGAGAAGACGAAAAGAUAACCCGCUUAUUACAGGAAUCCGGCUUCCUAUAA